GGUACCUUUCGGUCGUUUACUCAAUUUUUAAGUCCCGGGUAUUGGGAUUCUAGGGUUUGAGUGAGUAGGGCAAAAGCCUUUGCGUUGGACUCAACGAACUCUUUCCCGGCUUCACUGUCGGUCUUCGGGUGCCUUCCACCUCCAUUGCCGUCGUUCACAAUGACGAAAGGUACUGGAAGCUUUGGUAAGCGCCGGAACAAGUCACACACGCUGUGCAGGCGCUGUGGCCGCAGAAGCUUUCACAUCCAGAAGAGCCGCUGCUCGGCUUGUGCCUACCCUGCCGCGAGAGUUCGCAGCUACAAUUGGAGCGUGAAGGCUAUCAGGAGGAAGACUACCGGAACUGGACGUAUGCGCCACCUGCGUCAUCUUCCCCGUCGAUUUUCUAACAAUUUCAGAGAAGGAACCCAAGCAGCUCCCAAGAAGACGGUUGCCACGUCUUAGAAUUGAACCAAGUUGAGGAGAACAUGAUGACGUGGGUAUUAUGAUGACCACAAUUUUAUUUCAGCAUGUUGGGAGGUUUUAUUUGUGACCAAACGAGCAAAGUAUCAGUAAAGGCUUGAACAUUGAACAAGCAUCUCGUAUUUCAA